AUGUCGGCAGGUGAUAUAUCAGCCAUAAAUAUCAAGUCUGUCAAAAAAAACAGAAGGAGGAAGAAGAGAAGAACAGCUGAUGUUUCAUCAUCAGAUUCUUCAUCAUCGGAUCCAUCAUCAGAAAGUGAAAAGGAGGAAAUCCAAAAUGGGGCCAUCGAAGAACACGUUGGAGAAAAUGGUAAAAGUGAUCAUGUUUUCUCAAAAGGUAAUGACGAAGACAAACAAGAGGACAUUGCAAUAGAAGUUUCGGAUGUCGAGCUUACAGACGAAGAAAGCAAGGAUUUGAAGUUAAAUUCAAAAGAAGUGAUAGACGAUUUAACCAAAAUUUCUUUGAGCAAGAUCCCAGAGCCUACGAAAUCUCAAAACAAGGAGGGUUUUAUGAAUGCAUCGAAAAUUGCCGAAAAUAUCAAGCUUGCGAGAGAAGAAUACAAUGAAUUGGCAGAAAACUUUGUGCCCAAAGGGAAAGACAAGACAAAGUUAAGGGAAGAAUACUUAAAUUUACUUUUUGAAAACUACGGUGAUGAUAUCAAUCGUCUUAGAGCUGCCCCGGAUUUCACGAAUAAAUCACUAUCCAUUUUGGCAGAUGCUCUGCAGGAAGGCAUAGGAAUGUUUGAUAUUGGUGAACUAGAAUUGGUCUUGAAAAAUAAAGAAAUGGAGAACUGA